CAAACCUCGUCUGCCUCCUGGAGCCCCUCUCACCACCGACCGACGUGCCAUGAACUCGUCCCGCCGCCGCGCAUGACCGGCACUCUGCUUCCUCGCGGCACUGACGCCCUCUACUUCCGACUGCGGUUCGACUAAGCACCCGCACCCUCCGCCAUGGCGUCCGGAGGAGGCAACAUCAAGGUGGUGGUGAGGGUGCGCCCCUUCAAUGGGCGAGAAAUCGACCGCAGGGCACAAUGCAUCGUGCAGAUGAAGGGCGAGCAGACCAUCCUCACCCCCCCCACCAACAUCGACUCCAAAGGCAAGGCCGCGAAGGCCGCCCUGGAAGGCAACAAGACCUUCGCGUUCGACAAGUCCUACUGGUCCUUCAGUCGCAACGAUGCGAACUACGCCGGGCAAGACCACCUCUUCAAGGACCUCGGCCUGCCGCUCCUCGACAAUGCCUUCCAGGGAUACAACAACUGUAUCUUUGCCUAUGGCCAGACCGGCUCCGGGAAGUCGUACUCCAUGAUGGGCUAUGGAGAGGAGUACGGCAUUAUCCCGAAGAUUUGCCAGGACAUGUUUGAGCGGAUUGGCAAGAUGCAGUUGGACAAGAACUCGCAGUGCACCGUCGAAGUCUCGUACCUGGAAAUCUACAAUGAGCGGGUUCGCGACCUUCUCAAUCCUUCAACCAAGGGGAAUCUCAGGGUCCGAGAGCAUCCCUCCACGGGCCCCUAUGUCGAGGACCUGGCCAAGCUCGUCGUUCGGUCGUUCGCCGAGAUUGAAAAUCUGAUGGACGAGGGUAACAAGGCGCGUACGGUUGCCGCAACCAACAUGAACGAAACCUCCAGUCGAUCGCACGCCGUCUUUACCUUGACACUUACCCAGAAACGGCACGAUGUCGAGACAAGCAUGAGCGGCGAGAAGGUGGCCAAGAUUAGCCUCGUAGACCUGGCGGGUUCGGAGAGAGCGACGUCUACGGGGGCCACAGGCGCGCGGUUGAAGGAGGGCGCCGAAAUCAACAGGUCCCUGUCUACCCUUGGCCGUGUCAUUGCGGCGCUGGCGGACAGGUCUACGGGAAAGAAGAAGAACGCACAAGUGCCAUACCGAGACUCGGUCCUGACGUGGCUGUUGAAGGAUUCCCUGGGGGGUAACAGUUUGACGGCUAUGAUUGCUGCCAUCUCGCCUGCCGACAUCAACUUCGAGGAGACCCUCUCAACCCUCCGCUAUGCUGACUCCGCUAAGCGCAUCAAGAAUCACGCUGUGGUCAACGAAGAUCCAAACGCACGUAUGAUAAGAGAGUUGAAAGAAGAGCUUGCAUCGCUCCGUUCUAAGCUCAGUGGUGGCGGCUCCCCAGGUAUGAUGGAGGAACAGUAUGCCCCUGACACGCCCCUAGAAAAACAAAUGGUGUCUAUCACGCAACCCGAUGGUACCAUCAAGAAGGUUUCCAAGGCCGAGAUCGUGGAGCAGUUGAAUCAAUCUGAAAAGCUGUACCAGGAUCUCAACCAGACGUGGGAGGAGAAGCUGCAGAAGACGGAGCAGAUUCACAAGGAGCGGGAGGCUGCACUUGAAGAGCUUGGCAUCAGCAUCGAGAAGGGCUUUGUUGGCCUAUCAACACCCAAGAAAAUGCCACAUCUAGUAAACUUAAGUGACGACCCUCUCCUAGCGGAGUGUCUGAUCUACAAUCUGAAGCCAGGGACAACGACCGUUGGGAACGUGGACACUGCGCAAACUGCCGAGAUCCGUCUCAACGGCUCGCAAAUUCUUCACGAGCACUGCACUUUUGAAAACGUGGAUGGCGCAGUCACUGUUGUACCGAAGGAUAACGCAGGUGUAAUGGUCAAUGGUAUCCGCAUUGACAAACCCAAGCGAUUACGGAGUGGCUACCGCAUAAUUUUGGGAGACUUUCACAUUUUUCGUUUCAAUAACCCACAGGAGGCCAGGGCUGAGCGCGCAGAACAAACCACCAGCCUUCUCCGUCAUUCAGUAACUGCCGCUCAGCUCGGUUCGCCAUCCCCACGACCUGGUCACGAAAGAUCAUGGAGUACUGUCAGCAGAGCAGAGUCUGAAUUCGAUUCGGAUAGUCCCCGUGCUAUGUCUCCUGCCCCCUUUCAGCGUUCUGGCCGAGACUCAGACUGGUCUUUUGCUAGGAGAGAAGCAGUUACCGCGCUGUUGGGGACUGAUCAAAAGAUCGCUGCCCUGACUGACGAAGACCUUGACUCACUCUUUGAGGAUCUUCAAAAGCUGCGUGCGACUCGAAAAUCCCGCCCAGAGAGCCGGUUGUUCGAUACAGAAGAGGAUAUGGAGUCUGUGAGUUCUUAUCCUGUUCGUGAAAAGUACGCUUCUACUGGAACUAUCGACAACUUUUCCCUAGACACAAUCCUAACAGUGCCGUCAACCCCGCAACCGGGGGAAGAAGAGGAGCGUCUGCGACUGGUGAGAGAGGACAUGCAGAAAGAGCUAGACAAGCAGAAGGAAGAGUAUCAAGCGAAGCUGAAAUCCGCUGAAGAAGCCAACGUCGAGAUCGAGGAGAUUAAGGCAGAGAAGGCGAAGAUGGAGGAGAAUCUGCGCACAGUGAAAGAGGAGAUGCAGAAACAGCUUCAAGAGCAGAAGGAAGAGUUUCAACGCCAGCUCCAGGAGCUGCAACAGCCCGUGUCUCCACAGACAAACGGCUCGGUCUCAACAAAGCCGACAGAAAAGCAGCUUAACCUAGCCAAGAAUGUCUUUCACCAAUGGCGACAGCGCAAAUACGUCACCAUGGCUGAGACCGUUCUCCAAAAUGCUGCGAUUCUAAAGGAGGCUCAAGUCAUGAGUCAGCAAAUGGACAAGCAUGUCGUCUUCCAAUUUUGCAUCGUUGAUAUCGGCCACUCCUUCGCCUCAUCGUAUGACUUGGUCCUGAAUGGUAUCGCUGGAGAGGACGACGAAUUUCUUGAUAGUACUCCCAAGCCGUGUGUCGGUGUCAGAGUUAUUGACUUUAAGAAUCAAGUUGUCCAUCUAUGGUCACUGCAGAAACUACGAUUCCGCGUACGGUUGAUGCACCAAAUGCACCAGUAUAUGAACCGGCCGGAGUACCUUCAGCACUUUAGCCUCGAAAACCCCUUCUCGGAGCCUUGUAUGCCCGAAUUCUCUCGAAUUGGCGAUGUCGACGUUCCGCUGACCGCCGUUUUUGAAUCCCGGGUGCAGGAUUUCCUCCUCGAUGUCAUUUCCCCAUAUACUGCCAACGUCGUUGGUAUUAUCCGGCUCGCUCUCGAGCCCUCAUCCGCAGAAGCUCCUUCAACUACUUUGAAAUUCAAUGUUGUCAUGCACGACCUCAUUGGUUUCCCUGAAAGGGAAGGCACACAAGUGCAUGCCCAGCUAUUUUUGCCUGGCAUCUCGGACGAGGGGGGUGCCACAACCACGCAAAUGAUCACAGACUUCGAUGAGGGCCCAGUGCGCUUUGAGAGCGUACACAGCAUGAGCCUUCCUUAUCCCAGCCCGCGGAACACGUUCCUUCGAGUUUCCAUAUUUGCUAAAGUUUCGACCAUGCAUCUUGACAAGUUACUAAGUUGGGAUGAUAUGCGAGAUUCUGCACCGAAGCCAAAGCAAAAGCGGCGCAACGCCCGGCUUCCAGAAUCCGAAUUCUUCACUGAAGAUACCCACGACAUUUUUUCGAGAGUACAGAUCCAUGAAAUCUCUGAAGAUGGAAGCUACCAGCCCGUCGAGGUUAUCCAGGGUAGUAUCGUGGAUUCAGGGGCAUAUCAACUGCACCAAGGGCUGCAACGAAGGAUUGUCGUGAACCUCACACACACCUCAGGCGAGACAUUACAGUGGCAAGAUGUGUUGUCCAUGCGGGUGGGACGCAUUCGCCUUCUUGAUGCAUCUGGCAAUGCACCGGCCUUGGACAGUCCGAUCAAGGAGGUCCCGGUCAAGCUUGUCUCAGCGCCUGUUGUCAAGGACAAUGCUGAUGGCACCACGAAUGUCACUUUCAUUGGCCAGUGGGAUUCUAGCAUGCACGGCUCGCUUCUGCUAGAUAGAGCCACGCCUGAGAAAUAUCGCGUCCAAGCUUCUUUGCUCUGGAACGUCAGCAGCGCGAAGCUCGCCGAACCGAUGAUCUUCUCACUCGACCUCUCUAUGCAAAUCCGAGGUCGGACAUAUAUUCGGCAAACUUCCAUGUUCAUGCAGCUGUGGAACGCGACUCGAGUUGUCCACUCGACUGUUGGUAUAUUCUCUGUUGGCAUACGGCCUACAUCUGUCAAGCGAGCUACGGAUCUCUGGAGGAUGAAUACACGAGAUGACUACAUCAGGGGUGAAGAGCAGUUGAGCGGCUGGACACCGCGAGGAGUAUCCCUCAUCCGAGACUUUAUUAGUACCGAGAAACGGCGGCGGAGGAUAGCAGAUAUUGAGAUUGCAAGAUGUGUACUUGGAUCCCGCGCCCUCACCACCUUUUCUACAUCCACAUCAAACUCCAACUUGGACGAGCGCCAGACCAAUCUCCUCAACCGCGUCAUCUCCCUGUGGCAAACCAAAAAAGCCCCCGCUGAAAUCAUCCUCAAUCCUACAAACCUUGAACCCCCAUCUUCCGGUGCAGCCUUCGCACCCCAACCCCGGGAUUCCCCCAGCCCCGCUCCCUCGCUCGUCGCCACAGUCCGCUACAUCUCAAAAAACCCGACACUCUUGAAGGGUGGAUACCUCCUCAUGCCCGACACGAACAAUUCCCGCUGGGUGCGCCGCUUCGUGGAACUCCGUAAGCCCUACCUACAUAUCUAUAGUGUUCCUGAAGGCGAUGAACUCAACGCCAUAAACCUAUUGAAUUCCCGAAUCGAUCACCAGCCGCAGAUCGCACGCCUCCUCACUAACGGUGCUUCGACAGGUGCUUCGCGAGGUGUUGAUUGCGUCUGGGCAGUGUUUGCGAGGAGUAAUACGUACCUGUUUAGAGCGAGAAAUGAGAGGGAGAAGAUUGAAUGGAUUUUGAGAAUCGAUCAGAGUUAUUUCACGAGCUCGGGGAGUGAGACACCGGAAGAUUGAAAGGCUUGUGUUUGUGGUUUGUGGGGCUUUUUGUGUUUUGUUCUUUUGUAUCUUUUAAGCUGGCGGUUGUGCCGGCGUCCUGUCCUGACUGUUGAAUCACUCACUCAUUGUACUGAACGUCCUUUUUUUUUUUCCCUUUGUUAAUGGUUGACUGGCUGCGUGGCAUUGAAUUUCUUUGGGUUGAGAGGGGCAGGCGUUUUUCUUUAUCUGGGCUGGGCUGGGCCUUUGGAUACCCUUGCGUGGAUGGCUAUCCCGCUUCGUGUGCUGUGAGACUGACAGACUAGAGUGUAGAGC